AUGUUUAAGAGACUUGACGAAAGUAUGAACAAAAUAAAAGCCAGGCUAGAGCGAUUGGAAAAGCAAUAUGAUGAAAAAGAGAACGAUCUCUCCGCACAAGUGAUAGAUGACGUGUUUACCUGUGUGAUGAAGUGGCUCUUUUCGAGCCAUAUAUAUUCUGGCCAAAAUGAUUUGAAGGAUGCUCUUCGGCAAUGUCUUGAAGAGAAGUUCUCUGAAUUCAUGC